AUGUCGUCUGAGUACAAGUAUGAUGAACAGGGACAAUUCUUUCCAGUGUUUUUGCUGGUUGGUGUGUCUUGCUUCAUCAUUCCCAUGACUAUUUCAAGUCUUUUUGGUCAAAUCUCAUCUAAAAAAAAUGAUUCUAUUUCAGAUCCAUUUGCUGCGUAUCGUCCAAAAGACGUUUUAAAAAAGAAAGAAUCCAAAAUUCGUUUACGACAUUUUAUUAUUUUUAUCGGAUGGGCUGUCAUUGGUUAUUUGUCUUAUCGAGUUGCUUUUACCAAACUGAGCUUUAAUGUCUGGGAUCCGUACGAAAUUUUGGGCAUACCAAAAAACAUGGCUGUAGAUGACAUUCGGCGUCAUUACAAGCGACUUUCGAUAACGUUUCAUCCGGACAAAAUAAGAAGCUUGGUCAACACGACCAGAGAGGAGGUUGAAGCUAAAUACAUAGAACUUACCACUGCCUACAGAGCCUUGACGGACGAGGAAACUCGUGAAAAUUACGUUCUUUAUGGUACGCCUGACGUGCCCCAAAACAUUGAUAUUGGAAUUGCGCUUCCGAAGUGGAUUGCAGAUUCGAGCAAUAGCAUUUACGUACUUGGAUUUUAUGGUCUUAUUUUCGGCAUUUUCUUGCCCUAUAGUGUCGGUCGUUGGUGGUAUGGUAGCAGAACUUACACCCGUGACCAAGUGCACGUUGGAAGUGUAGAUGCUUGGUUUCCCAAGAUUCACGAAAAUUUGGAGAUGGAGGACAUUGUGCAACUGUUAGCCUCUAGCAAAGAACUUCAAAUACCCUCUUCGCCUGACAUUUCCAAAGCGACUGUCGUACGACUCUUGCAAAGUCACCUUCAUCGGAAGGAUAAGUCGAAUCUUGAUAUGCAGCGAUUGUUAUCUGAAACAGACUUGGUGAUGAAUGCAUUGGUAUCUGUUAUCUCUGCAUAUGGAUUCUCAAAACCUACCGACAAUGUAUUUAAGCUUUGGCAACACAUCGUUCAAGCAAUCCCGUUGGAAAUUCCACUUCCUUUGUUGCAACUGCCACAUCUUCAAUUUGAAGAUGCUAAAAAGUUUGCUUCACGUGGUAUUACCCGCAUCCCUCAAUUCUUACGAUUAGAGAAAGAAAAGGGCGUAUCAGGCUAUUCUAGUAAACAAAUUCAAGAAAUGGUAAAAGUUGCCAAUAACAUUCCUCGUAUCUCAGUAUUGGACUCUAAGGUACUAGUGGAUGGAGAUGAUUUUGUAACUACCGGAGCCAUUGCAAACUUUAUUUUGCGUUUAAAAUGCUCUUAUGGAGAAGAAAUUAUGCCAGAGGUCAGCGUUGACGGUACAGAAGUGGCCACUGAGCAAGACAAAAUUGAUGCAGAACGUGUGCAUAUGGAAAAGGAUGUUGUCCUGGGAGAUUUGGAGGUUCUGCCUCAUGCUUGGUCCCCUCAUUUUACGCAAUCUCAUAAAACUGCUUGGUGGGUAUAUGUAGUAGAUCCCCGUCAAAACCGAGUAAUUAUUCCUCCAUUCAGCAUUACGGAUAUUCCACGCACCGAACGAACUAUUCGUAUACCUUUCCAGGUACCACCGGUAGAAGGUACCUUCAAAUUUCAAACGCAUAUUGUAUCCAACUCUUACCUUGGAGAGGACAUUGUAAGCAAUUUGACGAUUAUAGUGAAAGAUGCAGCAACGAUCCAAGAUGCUAUCGUUGAAGAGGAUGAUUUUUCUGACGGCGAAGAUGGACUUGUUGACGAUUCAUUUGAAAAACUUAAGCAUGGCGUUGAAGGCACGCAAGACGACGAAGAAUCUGACGAAGAGCAUGAUCCUAGUGCUAAUGGUUUCAACACAGAUACUUCUGAAGAUGAUGAGUAA